CAUAAACAAAAACAGAGGGGAAACAGAGAGCGUGCCUGCUGAAUAUGUAUGUUUUGUUUCUGUUUGUGCUGCAGCGAUGCUCUACUUGGCAGCUCCCGGGCCAGCUUUAUGGGUCCCCUCCACUAACAUGCUGUCAUUUCCUUUAGGUGCCUGACGAAGAUAUGAACAACAUCGACACUAUCAGGGUCAACACAGGUAGAGCACUCAGUAUCUCUGCAGGCCACACUUAACCGGUCUCCUUUGGGGAUAUAACGCACAUGACGGCUCCCUGUGGUCAACCACUAUAAACACAUGAGAGGGAAGCAACAAAGACAAACCAUGAAAAAGAUAUACAUUGGCAAAACCGCCUUAAAAGUCCCCCGAAAUGGCGGCAAACAUCCAAAAAAGAGCUCAUUGCUGGAGCAGAAGGAGGACUUACGGAAGAGGCUUUCUUACACGACACACAAGCUGGAGCUGCUGCAGAGCGAGUUUGACUCCACGCGGCAGUACCUGGAGACGGAGCUGCGGCGAGCGCAGGAGGAGCUGGACAAGUUUACUGACAAACUACGCAGAAUACAAAGCAGCUACUCGGCACUGCAGCGGAUCAACCAAGAUCUGGAGGAAAAGAUCCACAGAAAUACUCAGCACCACGACGAUGAGAAGCGAGCGCUGAGCAGAGAGAUCAUCGUCCUCAACAACCACCUGAUGGAGGCGAAACUCACUAUCGAGAAACUGCAGGAAGACAAUGAGAUGUACAGGAAGGACUGUAACCUGGCUGCUCAGCUUCUCCAGUGCAACAAAUCUCUCUACAGGGCGCAGCUCUCCGAGCUGCCUGCUGAACUUCAGGAGCGACUGACGAUGCACAUGGAGGAGUCUCCUCUCUGUCGCACCUACUCCGACUCCGUCCCGGCCUCCCUCAUCGGCAAAGUGCUGGAGAAGCCGGACGAGGCCUGCAGCAGCAGCCAGGCGUCCCGCUCCCCCAGCCCCCAAACUCAGGAACACGCUUUUAUCUUGGAGAGCUUGGGGCCAGAGGGGCGGCUGGGGCUCCGCGCAGCCUACAAGUCCGACCUGUACAGCAGCGACACGGCGCUGUACUGCCCCGACGACCGGCACCGCGAACGGCGGCCCAGCAUGGACCUCCACGGUCAGAGGAAGCUGCUGUACGGGCCCCAGAACUCCACCGACAGCACCCCAGAGGAGGGCUCCGUGGGGCUGACGGCCAGCUUCUCGCAGGAGCACUUUGCCAAGUUUCCUCCCACGAUGGGCGCGGGCUCCAGCUCCUACUCCAGCUUCAGCGGCGGGGGGUCUGAGGACAAAGGCAACGGGCCGCCCAGCAGCGCAGCGUCCUCCCCGCACCACCAUUCCCUCUACAUGGAGUGGAGGGACGCGGGGGACUAUGAGAGAAAGAGCGACUCCUCCUGGGAGAGGGACAGUCCCAGAGGCUUCCCCAACGCUCAUCCCUUCCAGCAGACGGAGCUGAGCCACCACCAGAACGGCAGCUCGCCCGUCUACAGCCGCACCAUGUCCUCCUGUUUCAGCGAGCCCUACGAGCCGCUCCCUCCCUCUUCAUCCCCGAGCGUGGCCUACGGGGACAGCCGCAGAGGCAGCACGUUAGCCCCCGAGGAGGAGGAGCUGAUCGGCCGGUGGAGACAGCUCAGCGUGGAGGACUUAAGCGCCCACUCGUACCGCAGCCCAGGCCGCGCCUCCCCGUACAGCUUCUCAGAGCAGCACUUCUCCGUCCGGCCUUCCAAGAUCCGCCUCGGCCCGCUCUACAGCAGCUUCCAGGAGGGCGCCGACUACUACCACGAGGCGGGCGCCAUGGACCCGGUGUGGGUGGCCGCCAGCCCCAGCCCCGAGUGCAGCCCGUCGCUGCGCCAGGCUCACAGCCAAGCCCACCUGUACCGAGCCGAGGACAGCCAGGGGUCGGAGCACAGCCUCUACCACUCAGGGAGCUCCAAGGACAGGGAGGGGAACGUGGCGGCUGGCGGCCAGAGCACGGAUUACGUGGACCCCAGCCCAAACAGCUCCACCGAGUCUCUGCACCAGAGGUCCCUAGAGAUGGCGGCAGAGCUGCAGCACUACCAGGUGGAGAUGCACAGCCUGCCCGCACAGGCCAGCGGCUCGCCACCACCGGAGCCACCCCCUCCUCCUCCCUACAACCAAAAAUUUGGCUCCCUGGGACUUUCCAGGAAGGACAGUCUGACCAAGGCGCAGCUUUAUGGAACACUUCUGAACUGAAGGACUUUUUCAAUCAGGUUCAUUCUCUGAUAGGACGCUGAUAGGUCCAGCUUCUGUUAGCACGAUCACUUUGAUAGAAAAUGGUUUGAAUAGCAGCCAGGCGCGGAAUAAUUCAGUAUCACGAACAUGUAACUACUUAAAAGCUUUGACCGUGUGACGCUGGACGGCAACAGUUUACACUACAGUCGUCCUGAGCAAGUUAGUCACGUUUUAAGAGUCGCGAAAAGGAAAACAGGAGCUCAAUUGGCUCAUAAAAUUUGUAAGAAUGUGUAUAAUUAUUUUGAAAACAACCUCUGCACACCUGAACGUGUGACAGGUGCGUCGGAGGAAGGUGCAAUCUUGAAGACAAUGAGAAGCGUGCGGGAGUUCUUCUCAUUGUUUAUGUAUUUAAACACAUGUAUAAAUAUAUACUUAUAACUAAAAAUUGAGUGAUAUAUUUUGUAUGUAGCUGUUGGCAAGAAAUACACCCAAAACAAUCAGACAACCUGGAACUUGUAUAUAAAAUUAAAAAGCCAAAUCCUUUAUUCGGCAACUCAGAGAGGUAUUUUAAUUGAGAAUUGACGCCCGAAUAAACGGCACAGUCAUUAUUUUUAAUGGGCUGAAACCGCGUGGGCCCGGCGAGGAUUUAAAUGUGAAUGUUGAGCAACAAAAUGAAUUAAUCACUCAAAUGAGAAACAUACUUUUCUUUUUCUUCCGUUGAUUGAAUUUGACAGUAUCGGUGGGUGUGUUAUAUUGUUAUUGAUGGAACGUUUUGAGAUCUGUUUUAGCAGUCAGUAUUUAUUUUAUUUUUUCGCUCUUCUAUAUCCCACGGAGAGGUUUUCCUGCCCCCAUUCUACCUCAGAUUUGGAUG